AUGGUGGACACUGCCUCGAAGCAUCGAGCUGAGUUUGCCUUUGCUCAGCUUGAGAACGAGAGAUCUCUGACAUCUUUUCGUGACGAGCUAAGGGUAGCUCGUGGGAUUGUUGAUCGGUCUCGGGCUGAGAUAACUGCUCUUCAGACCCUUGUUGAUGCCCACCAUCGGGAGCACAAGGCUCUCUGCGAGAUGCUUGAGCGCAAGGGCGUUCUUCAUCGGAAGAAGCAGCGUACUGAUGGUACGGCUUAA